CCCCUCUGCUUGCUGCUCAGAGCAUCCUGGAGUCUCCGGCCAGAAGGGGAGAGCGAGCCGGCGGAGGCAAUCACGGCAACGUCAAAUGGUUUUAUUUCUCCAUGACCUCUCUCUUCUCCUCUCUCUCAUCAAUAAUUCACCUGAGGGCUUUUUUUUUUUUCUUUCCCCACCCACCCUCCUCCUCCUCGCUCUCCUUUCUGAUGUGGAGAGAGGGCAGAAAAGGGGGCAUCGGAAAGCGUUUAUUUUGUUGGGCUGCUUUUCGCGGCGUGUUUUAAAGAGCUCGUGAAAGGACUACAGAAAAAAGACACAAAGUGCGUGUGGGGGGCGGAGAGGAGAAGGGAGGAAAGAAAUCAUAAAAAAAGCGAGACGGAGGGAAGAAGCCGGCGGAGAGGAGCCUUCCAGCGCCGCGCCGCCGCCGCGAGGUGCGCGCUCUGUGUGCGGGUGCGGGUGCGUGCGCGGGGGGCGCGGCGGGCGCUGCCGCCGCCGGGGCUGCCCGCCGGUGCGCGGGAGGCGCGGUGGCCGGAGCGGGGCGCGCAGCGGCUGCGCGGGCGGCCGCGGCUGCCGACCAUGGGCUCGCGGAGCCGGGCGCCGGCGCUGCUGCCCGCGCUGCUGCUGGCGCUGGCGCUGGGCGGCCCCGCGGCGCGGGCGCAGAACGACACGGAGCCCAUCGUGCUGGAGGGCAAGUGCCUGGUGGUCUGCGACUCCAACCCGGCCACCGACGCCAGGGGCUCGUCCUCCUCCCCGCUGGGCAUCUCCGUGCGGGCGGCCAACUCCAAGGUCGCCUUCUCGGCCGUGCGCAGCACCAACCACGAGCCCUCCGAGAUGAGCAACAAGACGCGCAUCAUCUACUUCGACCAGAUCCUAGUAAAUGUGGGCAAUUUUUUCACGUUGGAGUCUGUCUUUGUAGCACCAAGAAAAGGAAUUUACAGUUUCAGUUUUCACGUAAUUAAAGUCUACCAGAGUCAAACAAUCCAGGUUAAUCUGAUGCUAAAUGGAAAGCCUGUCAUUUCUGCUUUUGCUGGAGACAAGGAUGUCACACGCGAAGCUGCCACUAAUGGAGUUCUGCUCUAUCUAGACAAGGAGGAUAAGGUUUACCUGAAACUUGAGAAAGGUAAUCUGGUCGGUGGAUGGCAAUAUUCUACGUUUUCUGGCUUUCUGGUCUUUCCCCUGUAAAGUCAAUUUUCCUGUGACAUCCAUCCAGGUGUGGACUGAUCAUUGCCUCUGUUAUAUGAAGAUCAUUUUGUCAUCAUGGGAUUGAUGUUUCUUUAUUGGUUUUUCAUGGGUGAAUAUGGAUUCUCUUUAUGGAUUUUGGCCCCAUCUGAACUACUCAGAAGUUUCACAGAAUUUUGUGUGUUUAAAUACAACGUAUUUGGAUUAAGACUAAAGCAGACAAUAAGUAUCUAUGCUUAAUGUUACAGUCUAAAGCUGCCUGCAAGAUUUAUUCAGAUUUCAUUUACUGGACUUAUUGGAUUCAUGGGAGAAGUGGAUUUUCUUUAAUUAUGGCAACCAGAUCUAUAAUUUAGGAGAGUUUGAGUUCAGACUUCAAUCAAGAGUUAGUGUGUUGCUGCCAAAGAACUGUAUAUUGAUAUAUUGGUUAUACAUGUUUUUGUUCAUUGGGACUUAACUGAUAUGAUUUAUUCCAUUGUCUUGAGAAAGGUAAUUAUUAUUGAUAAGUGAUUGACUUUAACUCUCCUCUGCGUGUAGUGUGUUGGAUGGUUCACCCAUAUAUUUAUGCUCUGUCAUUGGUCACAAUGAAGUCUAGCCUACAUAAAGCUAAGAGGUCAUGGUUGUAAUUUAAUUGGAUAUGUAAGGUAUUCCUAUUUUGCACAUGGUGUUUUCUAAUAACAAGAGCAGAUUAUAACCAUUAAAAAAAACCCCACUCUUACCAGGGUUAAAGGUGAUCAUUCAGGCACAACUUUGCAAAACAGCUUUGCCCUGCAGGAAAUCUCACACUUGUUCUUCAGCUUUAAUUAACAUGAUUGAUAAUAACCGCUCUAUUAAAAACCUAAGGGAUUCCUUCCUUAGACACAACACUUUAUUAGCUGGACAUGAGAUCCCCUUGUUUGUAGUUAUGUCUAUUUUUCAAACCUUCUGUUGUGUUAAAGUUGUCAUCUGGUUUUGCCUUAAUUCCACAAAUGUAUAUAAUUUCAGAUCAUAUGUUAACAAAUAUUAAAUCCAAAUAGCCGGUACUUAACUUGGUGCAAUAUCUUUUUGGCUUUUUGUACAGGUCAUAUGAAUUCAUAAAUUUAUUUAUUAUGUCACUGUUACAUAAUAAAGAUUAAUAUAUGUUAGCUGAA